AUGGCGAGCACUCACUCUGCUGGCUACACCGCAGAGCCCACACCCGGUCCCGGGCCUCCGCGCCCCGGCGGACUCGCCAAGACUCGAAGCCGCGCCGGCACAGGCGGUGCCUCAUCACUGGCCAGCGGGGUGACGCAACCAGCCACGCUGUACGACCCGGCAGAGCUACGUAGCCCGAGCGGCCUCGAGGACCUGCACGAGCAGAGCGGCUACGCCAUGUACGUGGUGCCCAACCUGGGGCGCAUCUCGUACACCUGGCACAAGUCUUCGUCGAACGCUGAGAUACCAGCGGCGAGCAGCUCUCACGAGCGGCGGCUCCCCUCCUCAUCCAGCUUCGAGGCGAUGCAGAUCGCAGAGCUCCGAUGCGGCUUGGUUCCGCCCCACAUGAGGCACUUCGAGGAGACUGCCCGUUACGAUCAGUGCCGCUUGGUCCUUCCCACAGCACCCGACGUGGUCGCCGACGAAGGCCACGAUCUCGAGUGCCCAGCUGAGUACCAGCCGGAGCAGUUGGCCCAAGUCAGCCCAAUCGAGGAUUCGGCGGAAGGGCUGACCCGAGGUGUCCUGUUCAGUUCGUCGAGACCACUUUCCUUGCCCUCUGUCGGCUUCUAUCGCACCGGAGGCUCAGACCAACAAACCGUGAUGGCCCCGUCGGGGCAACUCGCUGCGAAAGCACCAAUGGUGUCCCGGCUCAGGGGAUGGCUAGAAGGCGUCUCUCAGGGCUCCACUAGCUCCAGAGCCACGCUGCCUGGCCAGGACUCACAUGGCCUGUUGUCAGUGCCACAGGAACGACCGAUUGUUCUCGACCCAAAGCGAGUCAGCUUCGGUGUCGCCAUUGCAGAAGCCGCCACUCCAUCAGGCUUGGACGGCACAAAAGAAGCAGAAAAUGAGGCUGACGGCCGUCGCUUGCUAGCGCAAGAAGUCUGUGGCUGGGAUCCGACGACCGACGACGCCAACAACCUUCAACAGGACGAUCCAGGAAGAGUAGCAGCGUCGACAAGCGCUGCCGUAAGCUCUAAGGAAAGUAGCAAUUCGGUGCCUGAACAGAGGACCCAGCCGAUAAUGGGUCGACGAGAGACACCGCCUUUCAUCAACCCUCAGGUUCCGACGAUAUGGUGCGCCCGGCGUUCCGGCGCUUUCCUUUUUACGCCGAGCAAAGUGGUAACUCGAGACAGCGCCCAACAGACGGACUCAUAAGUGCGCCGUUAUAUUUGCGCGUGAGCAACGGGCAUAAUCUGCCCAGAUUACACUUGCAUAAAGUCGGUAAACUGACGAUGUCAAAAUGUGGAAAUGGACAAUGGUUACCGCGAAGCUCAAACCGCAUCGCAUGUAUGUCUCAGUUUUCUGAAUUUUUAUGGGGGCGAAAAAAUAGCAGCCACAUUGCUUUCUGCUUGGGGAUUUGGAUAAGUUUGCGUACUACAUUUUUUGCAGGUAACUUGACGUACUUUGGACAAACAAAGAAAUGUGGCGAAGUUUACUAUAGAUGAAUUUAAAUGCUUCGCGCCCUACUUUGGGAGGUCGUUCUACAUAUAAAUGAAGCGGUCAUGUCUUCGCAAAGUCUCUUCGUGGUCAUGUCUGUAACUCUUGCGCUUCACCUCUGUGACACACGUGGG